GCCCACCUCAUCCACCUCCCCCCUUACCCCUCGCCGCCGCCGCCACCUCAGCUCCCCGCUCCCCUGCCGGCCGCGUCGUACGUCGAGCACCAGAAGGAGACGGCCACCUCUGCUCCCCGCUCCCCUGCCUGCAGGCCACCUCAGCUCCCCGCUCCCCUGCCUGCCGCCACCGUCACGAUCAGGAACGACGUCAAUGUCAAGAAGGAGACGGUUCGGAUCGAGGAGGAUGAGGAGAAUCCCGGUAGUUUCCUCGUCGUGCUCACCAUCGUCUCUGCAAUUGGAAGGAGGAAUUCCAUUGGAAUGAAAGCUUGAGAAAAAUAUGGAAAGGAAAUCUGGCUGGAGAUUACGGAAGUGAGAGAAAGAG